GCGUAGUAUGGUGCAUUCUUGGCGCGUCUAUUUGCUGCCGCUUACUGGAGUUAAACGGACAACUCCCUCCUAACCCCGCGCGUGCAGCAUCUGCGCCAGGGUUCUCGUUGCGGCGAACAUGGCCGCUACCAACGUUUCUGCGCUCCGGCCUUUGCGAAAUUCUGUCUAUAAAAUGGCAACCAUGGCUGAUGCCUCGAUGCAGAAUGGGAAUGGGAAUGGCGACGACAAAAACACACGUCCCAUUCCUCUACCCUGACGCCUCCACCUGUCUCGAGAUUCUCAGCCCUCUCGACCAGCCCUCGGCCAGCAGACACAAUGGUCCCUCCAGCCCAACUCCCCACGCGCCGCAUGGGCAAGAAUGGCCCCCAAGUCGCCGCUAUGGGCUUCGGCGCCAUGAGCUUGGGCAUUGGCUUCGGCUCCGGCCCGACAGCAUCCGAUGAAGAGCGCCUCGCUGUGCUCGACCGCGCCUGGGAGCUUGGCGCCACCCACUGGGACACGGCCGACGUUUACGGCGACUCGGAGGACCUAAUGGGCAAGUGGUUCCGCCUGCACCCCGAGCGCCGCAACGACAUCUACCUGGCCACCAAGUUUUCCAUGCGCCUCGGCGCCGACGGCACCUGGGGUUUCAACACCUCGCCCGAGUACUGCCGCACCUCGUGCGAGUCCAGCCUGCGCCGCCUCGGCGUCGACCACAUCGAUCUGUUCUACAUCCACCGCCUCGACCCCGACGUGCCCAUCGAGAAGACCAUGGCCGUCAUGGCCGAGCUGGUGAGCGAGGGCAAGGUCCGCCAGCUUGGCAUAUCCGAGUGCUCCUCGCGCUCGCUACGCCGUGCCUACGCCGUGCACCCCAUCGCCGCCGUCCAGGUCGAGUACAACCCCUUCGACCUGGCCAUCGAGGGCGCCGAGGGCACCCACCUGCUGCAGGCCUGUCGCGAGCUGGGCGUGUCGGUUGUGUGCUACUCGCCCCUGAGCCGCGGCCUCAUGACCGGCACCUUGCGCUCGCGCGCCGACCUAGACCCGGCCGACUAUCGUCUGGCCCUCCCGCGGUACAGCGAAGAGAACUUCCACCACAAUCUCGAGAUUGUCGCCAAUUUCGAGGCCAUGGCCCGCGCAAAGAGCGCCACGCCUGCCCAGAUCGCUCUGGCCUGGCUGCUGGCUCAAGGCGACGACGUCAUGCCGAUCCCGGGGACCAAAAGGGCUAAGCAUAUUGAGGAAAAUGUCGGCGCUACCCGCGUCACUCUAACCCCUGAGGAGGAGAAGCAGAUUCGACGUCAAGUCGACAAGGCAAACGUAAAGGGGAGCCGCCUGAUGCCGGGAUUUGCUUUCGAGUUCGUUGACACGGUCGAGCUGUGAUGGGCACUUGAUAGCUGCUGCAAUAAACGAAUGCUAUCCUCUACGAGGGAAGCCCAAAAACGUGAUCGCUGUUCCCAAAACUGUCUG